CAUCGCUUGCCACUAGAUGGCGGUGUAGACUACCAACUUGUUUGUAUAGCAGCAGGAGAAGAAGAGUCGCAGUCGUCGGUGAAGGACACCUCUUCUACUGGAAGCUGAGCAUACAGUUCUCAGGAGUGAUGAGAGCACCCCUGCGCUGGGUACUGUGGGAUGUGAGGGACACUCUGCUGAAGGUUCGCUUCUCUGUUGGAGAUCAGUACUACAAGGAGGCUGAGCGUAUGGGCUUAAGUCUCAGCCCAGCCAACAUCAACACAGCUUUCCUUCAGGUGUACAAGCAAUAUUCCAGCAGAUUCCCAAACUAUGGCGUCUCUCAGGGACUUAACGGGGAGGUCUGGUGGAAGGGAGUGGUGCGCGACACCUUCUCCCACUGCAGAGUCCAGGAUCCAGUCCUGCUGGACUCACUGGCAGACAGUCUCUAUCACAACUUCUGCAGGGCAGAGAAUUGGGAGGUGUUCCCUGACUCAGCGGCGGCACUGGAGAGCUGUGCUUCACUUGGGCUGGAGUUGGGCGUGGUGUCCAAUUUUGACAGACGCCUGGAAACUAUUUUAGACACGUGUGGACUCUUGUCGCACUUCCGCUUCCUGCUCACCUCAGAGGAAGCAGGCGUGGCCAAGCCGAAUACCUCCAUCUUUGAGCAGGCAUUGCAGAGGUGUGGGGUUCCUGCUGCUAGUGUCGUUCACAUUGGUGACCAUUAUGAGAAGGACUAUGUUGCGUCACGGUCACUUGGCAUUCACGGGCUCCUCUUAGACAGAAGCAAGGAGCACACCCACGAUGUUCCCAGGGAACACCGGCUCUCUUCUUUGGCCGAGCUGCCUACUAAACUCAAGCUGCAACACUUAGCCAAACUGUGGACAUGAAACCAGGUUAAUCUCCAGGAUCAAUGAACCACUUUCUUGCUGCUCAUUAAAUGUAGCGUGAGAAAGUUCGACAGCAUCUUGAUGGGACUCAUUUGAAAUCAACAACAAAAGUCACACGCAGCUGAUCAAUUGAAUGCACUUAAUAAACAAUCAUUAGAAGCGUCUCUAUGGAUGUCAUGGUUUAAAGGUCACACAACAAUUCUUGGAGAUGGUUGUGAAGUUACCGGGAAACAGUCUUGAUUUUGAGUUUGCACAACAAGAAGGUCCUUUUCAUCCAUUCAUUACAAGCUAUAAACGUUCAAACAUAGUUCAAACAUAGAAACCAUUUACUGACGACUGUCAACGUGCCACGCAAAUGAUACGGUACCUGUGUCGUGCCCUGUGUAGCUGGGAUAGACCUCAGCCCCUCAUGACUCUGCAGUGGGAAUAGGAGGCGGAAAAUGAUAGAAAUAUGAGAUUUUGAUACACAAAAGGUAACACAACUUGAGAAUGAGGUCCUACAGGCGGAUAAGGAGUCAAUGUUGCACAUGAUGUGGAGCCAAACAUCUUAAAAAGGUUGUGAUCACACCAAUAAUAGGCCACCGUUUUACAUUUAAACUGGCUUGAGGGGUGGUGUUUGUUAGCUCUCCAUGCACAAAAUGCCUGUCAGUCAGCCUCAAACACAUCUGGACGCAAUAUUCCCUCACUGAUAAUGGCAACAUGAGAAGAACUAGUGAGCUGCUGUCACUGCGAAUGAUGUGAAGGGGUUCUGAGCUAGGGCAAGAAGACAGUUGCUUAACCUUAAUACGGAUGUGUGUGUAUAUCUCAAACCAUCUGGCCAGAGACAAGUGGGACUGCUCGGUCCAGAGAAGAGCAGGGAAAACAUCGCCCUCUACUGAUCCAGCGCGUUCCUGUGUGGAGUUUUGUCGACGCCCACCAAUUUUCAAACAGGGAUCCCCCUCAAAGACCCGCUUAUUCCAGAGCUGGUUUAGAAGCUCAGCCAGACGGCUCUAAAGAGCUCCGCAGAAAUCCAAUUGACGACAUAAUGGGAUUGUCAAAUAAAACGAGGCUCCUCCGACAGAGAAGGAAAGGAAAAGGCAGCGGAGGAUGUUCAUGUCAGCUCAAUAUUGCACCACGAAUGCCUCAAAAUAGAAACUCAAACAGGAUUAUCAUCCAAGAUCCAUUUCUUAAGCUAUAAAAGGGCUGGAUUCCUCCCCUUUUGCACAUCCUCGGCGAAAGAGGAGAAUUCUGUCUAUUUUUAGGAAGAGGAGAUUAAAAAGAAUGGCUUAUUUCAAAACACAACUCCACCACAUGUGCUUGCAUGUUUAAUUUGAAAAGAAAAGGUAUAUUAAGUUUGAACAUAAAUCUGCUCGUAUCAAUCCUUAAAAUUGACACUACAUACACACCCGACACGUGCAAGUCAUAUUUACAAUUCAUCUUUUCCAGUUAGUUUUUUAUGCUCCUUCUCUGGCCUCGACAAACGUACCACUCUUGAAACAGAAAACAGUGUUUGUGCCUCCUUAAACAGCUGGCGUGUGAUUUAAGCGCGGACAUGUUGACGCGUUUUAAGAGUUUCAGAGUUGAAAUAA